GUUCGGAAAGUUUAAGAACAUUGCUCUUCGGAGCUGUGCUUUGUGCUUUUGUCAACCGACCAACGGAGAUUCGUUGUUUAUGUUUAAAAUAUAGGGUUUAUUUUGGGCCUGUGGCUUUUUAUGUUAUUUGCUUUUUGAAAUAUAUAGAUUUUUUGUAUGCUACAUAAUUAUCUUAGUGUCGGCACAGUUUUUUAGUAACUAAAACAUAUCUUCAGGUCGUAGAAGCCUAUGGACUGUGGAUUAAGUUACAUAAAAUAAAUUUAUUAACAAGUGCAGCUAUUUAUUGAUGUUUUUUAAGGAGAUUUAAGACAAAUGCGUCCGAUAGAUUUCAAAUGAUUACCGUCAAUUUCAACAAAACGACUGGAUUAUGGCAUCACCAGAGAUUAAAGAUUCAUCCAGGGCUGCGUUAAACAACGCCAUUAUCAAAGACGCUUCACCUGAAUCAAAAUGUCCUAUAUGCCUGGAUCACUUCAAAAACAUAUCUUACCUUAAUGUAUGCCUUCAUAAGUUUUGCUUCUUGUGCAUCUGUGAGUGGUCAAAAAACAAAGCAGAAUGCCCUUUAUGCAAACAGCCAUUUAACUCCAUCUAUCACAGCAUUAAGGCUGAGAAUGACUACAAAAGGUUUGAUCUGCGACCAACAGAAAAUGGCUCAUUCGGCAAUGUGGCAGGCCAAAGAUUUAGAUAUCGCACUACACUUACAGGUGACCACAGACCAGCACCACGGCGAACGUCACCUCCCCCUGACCAUGGGAUCAUAUUUGAGAGUCUUAGUGGACCCCUUCCUCAGCGGCACAACAGAGAUUUCCAUCGCAUGAUGAGGAGGUUGGCAGCCAGGCAUAGGGCAGAGACUGAAGGCAGGUCUGUACAGAGUCUUCGUGAACAGGAAGUAGUUAAAUUCAGACGGGCCUUAUACAGAAGAGGCCUGCGAGUUCAAAGUGUGCAAGAUGGUGGCCGCACCAGAGAGACCUCUGCCGAGUUUUUCAGAAAGAACCCGGCUUGUCUUCACAGGCUUGUGCCUUGGUUGAGACGGGAGCUCACUGUUCUGUACGGCACGCAUGGUUCUUUUGUCAACAUACUGCAGCACAUCAUCAUGACUCUUAUCACUCGACACAACUUGGAUGAUCAGGCUGUUUUGCAUGAGCUUAGGCCCUUCUUGCUGUCACACACAGAACAUUUCUUGCAUGAGUUUCUUAGCUUUGCUCAGUCUCCAUUCAACGUUGAGGCAUACGACAGGCAUGCUGUCUAUGACCUGCCUGGCCCCUCAACAGAAAGCAGCAGUUCCGAAACCUCUGUGAUUGCCAUCUCUGAGGAUGAGAGUGAUUCUUUAGUGCCCGGACCCCAGGAUUUUACCACUCCUAGGGUCAGCUUAAGCCAAACCGCAUGGGAUGAUGAGACUCCUGGGCCGUCAUACUCUUUAGAGCCAUCUCAGGUUUUUCCUUUCCAUGUGAGAGACUCAGACUCUGAUAGUAGUGUAGAGGAAACGGCAGUGUCUGUUGCUGCUGUGACACAUCAGGAUCAUACCUCAGGCAGUGAUGAAGACUGUGUUAUUGUUGGGUAUGUCAAGCCUAUGACAGAAAGGACACCAGAACUGAUCCAGCUUACCUCUGAUUCAGAAGAGUCUGAAGAGAAUGGAGACCCACAAAGUCCUCAACCACCCCAACACAUUCGUUUUACUUCAGAGUCACCGUCUGUCACUCAAAGACCCUCGGGGAGGUCACCUGAAGACACCACACGUGUCCACACCUCAAAUCGCCAUAGACAAAGAGAUAAACAUGAUAAAAGACAUCACGAAAGAGAGUUGUCUAGAGAAGGAUCCUCGCGUAGUAACAGGACGCACUCCUGCUCUCAUAGCAGAAACCACUCAUUAUCUAAAGAUGGUACGCAUAAGAGGAGACGAGAAAAAGAAACCAGUCACAACACUUCAUCUUAUUCGCAUUCGUAUAGCCAGUAUAAAGAGAGCUGCAUUGGAUAUUAUACAGAGACACACUCAUCCUACUCCAGCUAUUACAGAAAUGUUUAUGAUUGCUCGCGUUCUCGGUCACGAAGUAGAAGGCAAAGCAAAGACCGCCGGGACAGAGUCCACUCGAGGAGUAGUUCUAGAUUCAGCUCCAACUCCUCCAUCCGUCAGGGAAGAAGCCACUCGAGGAGCAGCUGUAGGAUCAACACGUCACAACAAGAUGAAUACGGCAGGAAGAGAAAGUACAAAACAAAGCAUCUAGAGAAACACCAAAGAAAAAGUUCUGGAAAAUCAUAUUCUGAGCCUGGUGAAGAUUGUAUAAGGAAGAAAAAGAAAGAGAAGAAACAUCACAAGAAGUCCAAAAAGAAAAGUAGGAGCCCAAGUACAGACGUUAAGUGUGAUGACACGUCUGAUGGGCACAGCAGGAAACAUCACAAAAAGAGGAAGAAACACAGGAGGAAAAGCAAAAGAGACCGAGAAAAAGACAAGGGUAAAAGGAGGUUAAGAAGGAAUAGCUCAGAUCCCAUAACAGUUACAACUGACAGUCAAAGUGACAAUACAGACCCUACUCUACCCUCAGACAGAAAUGUCUGUUUUGUUAGAUCCACUGUUGUUAUUGCAGACAGUGCUAGAAAAACUCAACAAGCAUCUGCUGCCACUGAAUGUAGUUCUAUUGGGCAUUUAGAAAAUCACCCCCCAAAAGAUUAACAUCAUACUGAGUUUGCCUCUUUAAAUGAACAGUUAUUAAAACAAAUUGCCAAAAAGCAUAUGAAUGUUUUAAAAUAUGUUUUCAUAAAUGCCAAACGUAUAUAUGAAAUGCUAAAUGCCUAAUAGGUCUGUUAUUGUAUGACUAAAAUUCAGUGAAGAAUCAUUUUUGUACAACAUUCUCAAAGGUUUACAUUUUUUUCAGACCCCUUUUAUGUGACUGGUUCUAAUAAACUGCCUUUUACACUGUA